AAAUUGACUUAUUUUUCAAAGUAUUUUAAGUUAAGACAUUUUAAUCAAUUAUUUUAUUAAGUUAAUUUUAAUAGAUAGAUCGUAACCAAUAAACUUAUCACAAAAAUGUCUUAUGAUUUCAAGAAAGAAGAAGAUGUUAAGGAAUAUAUUAAAAACUUAGGAAUUGAGUAUAGAUUUGGCUGUUUCAGUGAAAAAGAUGCACAAAUAUGCCAGUUACUUGGUGAUUAUUUAGAGACUAUAGAAAACAAUCCGGAUAAAGCAGCCAAAAUAUUUAAAGAAAAUUGUGAUGAACGGAAUUUUGGUCGUAGUUGUUACAAGUAUGCUUCCUACAUGGAAAAAAAUAACUUGAAAAAUCUCAAACCAGUACUUCCUGAGAUGAUACGAUAUUUUAAGAAAGGCUGUGAAUAUAACUGGUCUGAUGGAUGUUUUGCUGCAGGAAUGAAACUCCGUUAUCACAGUGACUCAAUUACUGACGUCGACGAAAGAUCAAAAAGUUUACUUGAGAGUCUGCAAUACUUAGAAAAAGCAUGUAACAACAAACAUUCAGAAGCAUGUUAUGUAGCCAGUAAUAUUCAUUUUGCUGGCAUUGAAGAAAUUGGAUUGGCGCCUAAUAUGCCUAAAGUCUUAGAAUAUUCAAUAAAAGCUUGUGAUCAAAACGAAUUAAAAGGUUGUGUUAAUGCAUCAAUUAUAUUUAAAAAAGGAGAUGGUGUACCCAAGGAUUUGAAUCUUGCUCAAAAAUAUAAAGAACGAGCAUUAGACAUACAAAGACAAAUCAAAGAAGAAAAAGGCAUAAAGUUUAGUUAAAUUAUUUUAUUAUGAUUUUUUUUUAUAAUUGCUGUUAGUUAUCAUUAAAAAACAAAUAGUUGAA